AAUGCCUAUAGGUUUCUGUGUGCAAUACCGAUGAACCGUAAUAAGCAAGCGUAUCAUAAUGGCUUGCCGAAGUUGCUGCUGCUGCAGUUUUGGUCCAUUAAACGAGGAUAAUGCAAGAUUCUUUCUGCUGGCACUAUUGAUCAUCCUCUACCUCCUCUGUGGUGCCGCUGUCUUUUCAGCUCUGGAGCAGCCGAAAGAAAAGCAGGCAAAAGAGAAGUGGGCGCAGAAGUUUGACAAUUUCACGCAGAAGCACAAUCUUAGUAAGGCUGAGCUGGUGAACUUUCUGAGGGAUUAUGAAGAAGCCAACGUUGCUGGGAUCCGUGUUGAUCACAUUCGACCACGCUGGGAUUUUACUGGAGCUUUUUAUUUUGCGGGGACGGUGGUUUCAACUAUAGGAUUUGGAAUGACCACGCCUGCAACAAUUGGAGGGAAGAUCUUCCUGAUAUUUUAUGGCCUUAUCGGAUGUGCAGCUACCAUUCUGUUCUUUAACCUGUUCCUAGAACGCCUGAUCACGGUCUUGGCGUACAUCCUCAAGGCAUGCUACGAGAGGCAGCGGCGGUGGAAAGGGGGAAUGCCCCAGGACAACAGAAGGAACUCAGAAGGAGGGGACAGCCUUGCUGGCUGGAAGCCCUCUGUUUAUUACGUCAUGCUCAUCCUGUGUGUGGCAGCCGUUAUCAUCUCCUGUUGUGCCUCUGCCAUGUACACGGACAUUGAGGGCUGGACUUACUUUGACUCGCUUUAUUUCUGCUUCGUGGCGUUUAGCACCAUUGGGUUUGGGGAUCUGGUCAGCAGCCAACACAUGAGGUACGAGAACCAAAGCCUCUACAGGUUGGGUAAUUUUGUCUUCAUCCUCAUGGGGGUCUGUUGCAUUUACUCUUUAUUUAACGUCAUAUCCAUCAUUAUAAAGCAGAUUCUGAACUGGAUUUUAAAGAAGCUAGACUGCCGCUGCUGCCAUCGAAAAGUGUUCAGAUCUCGAAGGAACGUCGUGAUGCCUGGUAACUUCCGGAGCAGAAGGAAUGACUCCAUUGAGACAGACAUAAUCCAUGAGAGCGAGACUGACGGCCGCAGGAUGUCUGGUGAGAUGAUCUCAAUGAAGGACUUCUUAGCAGCUAACAAGGUGUCCCUGGCCAUCAUGCAGAAGCAGCUUUCAGAGACAGCCAAUGGUAAUCCAAGGCAAUCAGGCUCCAACUCUCGACACAAUGGCUUUUCAGACGGAGUAGGGGCCCUGGCAAUCAUGAACAACAGACUGGCAGAGACCAGUGUUGACAGGUGACAAAUGUGUAACAUAUGGAAAUUAGACAUGAAGUAUAAUCUCAAAUCUUUAUCCACAACAUUCUCUAAAUUAAUCCAAAGGCACCUCAUGGCUGGCCUUUUCUUAUUUAUUUGUUUGUUUUUUUCUUUAGCCUGAUGCACCAAAGCAAGUGCUGUCUUCUUGAAAGAUCCAGCUGGUUCCCUAUGAUUUUUCCAUGAUAAAUUUCAGAGAUUGAAUUAUAGCUUUAUAUAAUGGCAGCAUACAGAACAGACUUGAGGUCAGAAAAGGAUGAUAAACCAGAAUAUUAGUCUUUCUUCAUACAAUGUUUUCAUAAGCCAUACUCUUCCUAAUGGUACAAAAUUGCUCAAGGUACCCCACCUUCCCUCAUUUAUAAAUUAUAAACUAGUCUAGGGAGGAGAAGAACAGCACUUUGCUUUAUUAGAACUACUGGGUUGGGCCACCAUUUACUGUGAUUACAGACUUGACAAGAAGUAGCAGAGAUUCCACAAGGUGCUGGAAUAUGUCACAAGGGAUGUAAUCCAUUCUUUCAGUAAUGUUUCACUCUAUUGGUGUAGAGAGGUAGGCAAAGGAUGAUGAUGCACCAUUCGGGCUUAUCUCACACAUGCUCAAUUUGAUUGAGACCCGGGGUUUGUGGUGGCAAAGAAGAAGCCUGAAGUCUCUUUCAUGCUCCUCAAACCAUUGACACACAAUCCUGGCACAGUUGAAGGGUUCAUUAUUGUCUUGAAAGUAGCCAUUGCUAUCAGGGUAAAAAGUGGUCAGGCAGUGUAUGUCUCUUCUAGCUACAAAAAUAACAUUUUAGCCAAACAAUUUCCCCAAAGACAUCGGCCAUUAAAAUUUCAUUAUUACUGAAAACUACAACUAGCAAGAUAUACAGGUUGUGCAUAUGAGUAAAUGCUAGUGCUAGGCAGCUGCACUGUUCUGUAAGGCAUAAUUUCAUGGGAAGGCACAUAAACAGUGCGCACACUCUAUUCUGAGUGUACACAAUACUUCAAUACUUCAAAGACUACAUGUGAUAUCUGUGAUAUCUGUCCUGGAGUAAAAGGUGAAAUAACUGAUUAUAAGAAUGGUACAUAUAUAAGGUUAUUUAGUGGUACUGAAUCAAAUAAUUAGUAUAGGUUACAGGCCUAUACAUACAUUAUGUACACUAUGUAUUAUCAAUAACUUAUAAACCCUUGGUUAUGUUUGCAGUCCUGUGGCCUCCUUACUGCAAAACCAG